AAAUGGUGCAUCGUCAUUUUUACAAACACCGCUGCUCCUCACCCCCCUGUAGCUUCCCAUCACCCCUCUACUCUCUCGUUGCAGCUGCCAUGGGAAUACCUUCUUUCUACAAGUGGCUCGUGAACAGAUACCCAAGCAUCCUCUCCCCCGCAAAGGAGGAGCCAGCUGACAGCAGCAAGGAAAGCCAUGAUGGUGAUGGCAUCAUCUACGACAACCUCUACCUCGACAUGAAUGGCAUCAUCCAUCAGUGCUUCCACCCGCAGGACCAGAUGCAUACACACAUACAUGUAUGUACAAAUUUCAAUCCAUGCAUGUAAUAUUGUAAUCUGGCUGGUUCCUCCGACGACGCUCGACGAGGUGUUCGAGUCCAUGUUCGAGUACAUGGACAACUUGUUCCGCAUCGUCAGGCCGAGAAGGCUUCUCUACUUGGCAGUAGAUGGCGUUGCUCCUUGCGCCAAAAUGAACCAAAUACGAAGGGGACGUUUCCACAGUGCCAGGCAAGCUAGAUAUGAGGAGAUGGAAGAGGAUCGCUUGCGGGAGGAGCUCAGAGCUGAAGGGAAGGAGGUGCCACCGCGAGAGAUAUCCGAGGUUUCAGAUCCUAAUGUCAUCACACCAGGGACAGAAUUCAUGGAGAAGCUGUCACAAGCGCUCGAGCACUACAUCCGUGCCAGAUUGAAUAGUGACCCCGGGUGGAAAGACAUCAUGGUAAUACUCUCCGAUGCAAAUGUUCCUGGAGAAGGAGAGCACAAGAUCAUGUCUUUCAUCCGCGCGCAACGCAGCAUGGAAGGCUAUGAUCCCAACACUCGACACUGUUUGUAUGGGCAUGAUGCGGAUCUGAUAAUGCUGGCCUUGGCAUCUCACGAAGUCCACUUCUCUAUUUUGCGUGAGGAUGUGCGGCUUCCAAAUCAGGCAGAAAAUAAUUCCCGGUUCACAGAAGCAAAUCCGAAGAAACCAUACCUGUUUUUGAACAUAUGGGUUCUGAGAGAGUACUUGGAGAUUGAACUGAAGAUACAGGACCCAGUUUGCGAGCUUGAUAUUGAGAGGCUAAUAGAUGACUUCAUCUUUAUUUGUUUCUUGAUGGGGAACGAUUUCGUCCCGCAUAUUCCGUCACUUAAGAUGCAAGAGGCAUGUUUUGCAGUUGAUCUUCUCAUCGAAGUGUACAAAACAACCUUCAACAAAAUGGGGGGUUAUAUUGUCGACACAGACAAAGUCAAAUAUGAACAUGCUGCAUAUCUGGAAGUCUCAAGGUUGGAAAUGUUUUUUCAUGAACUGUCCAUGUAUGAAGAGAAAAUUUUUCUCAAAAGAUAUGAACUGCAACAGGAUUCCUUGCAGAAGUUAUAUCGCGAUCUAUUGCGUGAAGCUUCAGAAAGUGAAAGAUUAGAGCUGAGGCGAAAAUUACAGGACGUCCUUUUUAAUGAAGAACGUCCAUAUGACAGUAUAAGACUGGGAUUACCAGGAUGGAAAUCCCGGUUCUACAAGGAAUACUUUGGUGUCGAAACUUCUAAUGAGAUUGGAAAGCUACAGAACGACAUGGCUCAGAAGUAUUUAGAAGGGCUUUGUUGGGUGCUUCAAUGCUAUUUCGCUGAUGUACCAUCAUGGAGCUGGUACUACCCAUUCUACGUUGCUCCUUUCGUAUCUGAUCUCAAAGGUCUUUCUCGGUUCAAGAUAUCUUUCACUGUGGACAAACCACUAAGACCAUUUGAUCAGCUCAUGGCAGUUUUGCCACUACGAAGCCAGUGUGCUCUCCCAGAAUGCUACCGCAAAUUAAUGGUCUCUAAGUAUUCUGAAAUACAAACGCUCUAUCCGAAGUUGGAGACUGACAUGAAUGGGAAACGUUUCUUGUGGAAUGGUAUCUCUGAGGAACUGCUUCUUUCGGCCACCAAAACGGCAGACGAAGAGCUCGCGACGCAUGAGAUGAGACGGAAUACUACUCGGCAAGAAAAGAUCUUUCUGCAGAGGGGCUCAAGCGCUCUGCCACAUAACGAAAUUAUUAUGCAAUCAUCAUACUGUUCACCGAUAGAUUCAGCUACGAGCAGAAUUGGAGGGUGGUUGUCGACUGAUGACGAUGAUGGCUUGAGGAACGGUUUCUUUCUCUCGCCCCAACAAAAUCUGCAGGGCAUCACGAAUGAUCAGGCAAUAUCAGCCACGUUCUUCAACCCUGAGGCAGUGAAUCCAAUUCCAGGACUACUUGGCAAUGUCAGGGUACCUGACAAGACUGUGACGGCAGCUGACAUCUCAAAGAGGCCGCUCUGGCACACGUACCCGGGCUCAAGGCCGCCGCCGCCCAUCGUUCAGAGGCCGGACACUAUCUGGAAGCUGAGCACGCCGGCGACGCCGCGGGAAGAGCACAAGAACGCCGGCACGGGGUGGAUGGGGCGGGGGAGAGUGAACGCCGCCGAGACGACGCAGCUGACCAGGAGCAGCAGCUACGGGCAUGGGGUAGGGAACGGCACCGCCGGCGCCGAGACGCAACAGAGCAGCAGCAGCAGCAGCAGCUACAGCUACAGGAAUGGUGUCCAUCGGGUGGACAUGGUGCAGAGCCGAGGAAGCAGCAGCAGGUUUGAGAAGGACGGUGCAUACAGUUUCCGACCGCAUGGAGGUGCGCCGUGGAGAGGAGACGGCGGCUGUGGCGGCGGCAGGAAUGGAGGCGCCGGCCAUGGCGGGAGCGCGCAGCCACGUGGCUGGUAGGACACGAAUUCCAGGAAUCAAGCAUGUACGUAGUAGUUGAUCUCACCAUGUAUAUUUUGUGCCAACUUCAUACGUUGUAUCUGCGUUGAUCAAGCUAGAACUGUACCGUACCCUGUGUGUCCAAACAUCUAAUGUUCUGGGCAUUAAUUUUCUUCGAGAUGAAGUACUUUGUAGUUGCUAUACACACAAAAAGGGGGAUUAGCUAAUAGCUUGCCAUCAUUCGACAGAAUUUUGGAUUUUGAUCUGUUCAGCGAUACGUGUACGACAUCCUCUAGCUCCAUCUCCCGUGAGCUUUGGGGCUGUUUGAUUUCUCGAAUAGAGUUUCGUAGAGCUGCAACAUAGAGCCUGGAUGAGGGGAAGUAGGUCAUGACAGCUACACUGAUGGAGCACAAUGUAUGAUAUUUUUGUCCCUUCAGUCACUUCUCUGGUAAGAGCACAUAUUGUUGGUUAUGGUGCCUUUUCCA